AUGGGUCGCUGGUCUAAUAUUCAAUACUUACUUUCAUUUUUCCUCAUUGUCCCAUUUUCUUACAGUACAGCUCAGCCUAUGAACAUCAGCUUCGGAAGAUCUCUUACCACUCUGCAUUUCGCAUUCGCAAUCGACUUCUCAGACGCCGAUGGCGGACAAGACCACGAAUCGCAGCUGAACUUCACCGACAACGUCGAGUUCGCGAUUCGAUCUGUAGGGGACACAUUUGCUGAUUAUAAUCGGACAAACUCUUACAGUGCGUACGGUUUCGGAGCGCGAAUACCACCCCUAUAUCGAGAGUCGCACGAGUUUUGUCUGAAUCUCGAAACUGAUCCAACUUGUACUGGCGUUGACGGGGUGGUGACAGCAUUCCGAAGCACUUAUAUGCAGGCACAACCGUGCACUAGUGCACAGUUCUCCCAUGUGAUUUACCAUGUUGCCAAGACUGCUCAACUCCAGGCAGCUCGAUCAGAGCAAACGCGACCACAGUACCAUAUUUUGAAUAUCAUUACCCGAGGAGCCAUUGAUGACAUCAAAGAGACGGUCCAAGCUGCAAUCUUCUCCAGCAAGACACCCAUAUCAGUAAUAUUCACAGGCAUUGGUGAUCGAAACCUAGACGAAAUAGAACGACUUGGUGAAGGUGGUAAACGACUGAUCUUUCAAGGACGGAAAACGGAUCGCGACAAUUUGCACUUGAGGGUCAGCAGAAAUGAGUCGAAGUUGUCGCUCUCGGAAAAGUCACUCUAUCAAAUUCCACGACAAAUUGCAACCUAUUUCACAAAAAAUGGGAUUUUGCCAAUAGACAGACAUGGCGCUUCUGCUAUAGAAAAUUCUGUGGAAACAGUCUAUCGAUCGUCACCAGCUCCAGAAGUUGAGGAAACUGACAGCUUCGGACGAGAUAUAGACCACAGUUCUCCUGAAAUACCGGCAACACCGGUUCCGUCCUACUUACAAGAAAACUAUGAAAAUGUUCGAAGGUAUACUCGUACGCUAUUCUAA